GGUGCCGCGCCGCUUAUUCCCGCUCACGUUACUAGACGUCUUGGCGGUUACCGUUACAUCGUUUCCGUCUUUACCUCCAGCUAGUGUUCGCUGAGUCGUAUUCCCGCUUUGACUGAGGCCUUCCUCGACCGUACCCAAAAGGUCAUUGCGUGCAUCUCGAAGCCAAAGCCUGUACGACCUCGCCUGUCCAAUGGUACUCUUGCGGUAUUCAACAGCUCUAGAACCUCAUCGAAGCGCUGGAGACGAAGAAGUACUACUGUUUGAGUAACAAACUCACGCCAGUCUCUUCCGUCUAACGCACUCACACGGCAAAGCAACCUUGUUCUUUCAAGCAGCACCCUCAAAUCUCUUGCUUCUUAUCAAAUCUCUCUGCGAUAUCAAAAUGCAUCAGUCAUCGUUGCAUUUGCUUCGCAUGGUGGACGAUGGCCGACCGUUCAGUAAGGACUUUAAGGAUAUCUUCUCCACGCUAAUUGUCAGCCUUCUUCCUCUCUCGGCCCACCGCGUCCGGUUGACAAAGGUCGAGUACACUUUCCUCUCUCAAGACGCCAUCAGUAACCUUAUGUAUCUCAAAUUCUCUCAAUCCAAUCGCCUACCCGACCCUAAGGAUCCUUCUCGUAUUAUCAACACAACCACUGCCAUCACAUUCUCAAUGUCCAAGGAUGUGGCCCGCUCUAUCUGUCAAUGCUUCGUUGACGCCCGGCUUAUUGAAUCGGCGGAUGGUAAACACCAGCAGGUGUAUACCAUAAAGGGAUCUGUUUGGCAAUUAACGCCAAAGGGAAUCACUAUAUUAGACCGUUUCUGCGCAAGAAAUGGCAUCCAGAAAAAGCAGGUUUCUGAACUUGCUAAUCUUAAAGCGACGCGGCUUGUUGUCCUUGAACGAGACUCACAAACUGACAAACUUCACUAUGAUCAAGGCACUAUUGAGAUCGUUUUUCGUCGACUCAUCGGUGCCGAUAGCUGUAAUGCUAUGUCAAGCUUCACCGCUGCUGAUUCAAGCUCGAUGCUCGAAUAUAGGGAUAGUAUCACUGAGGUCAAGACUUCUGCUGAGCUCAAGGUCAAUGGAAAGAUCUACCGCGAUACUUUCACCGGCAAGGCUAUAAUCGACUGGUUAAUGAACUAUACCACCAUUAUGGAAGAGCGCGAAGCCGUUGCGGUUGCCACUCUUUUCAUGGCCUACAGCCUCAUAGAUUGUGUGACCAAGGACAGGGCAUAUACUUUCCAGAAUCCAGCCGCUGGGAACAGUAUCUUCCAUUUCAGCAAGCAUGCUAUCUAUCAGUUAACGCAACGAGCGAAGGACCUCACCAAUGGCUCGAAUUCACCACGACAGUCUCCAGAGAGGGAGCACUAUACUAACUACCAGCGGAACGGUAUCUUCAAGGAUUCCAACACGCAACGACUUGACAAAAUCCUGACAGAUCCGUCAGUGCGACUUCUCUUCCGCGAGCAAUCCCGAGACACAUAUUGCGAGGAGAACCUGACAUUCUACCAAGACGUGGACGAGUUUAUUCGGAAUAGUAAAGUGGCCACACGUGCUGCACGUAGGGAGCUCAAUAUGACCACAAAGGCCGGCAUCAAUGAUAGCAUAGCUCAGUCGUAUAGAAUCUAUCAUGCUUUCCUUGCUUCUGGCUCGCCUUGCGAGCUUAAUAUUGACCACCAGCUACGGAACAGUCUUAUAACGCAGAUGACCAAGGCUGUGAGUCAGGAUGUUACCAUGAUCGACACUCUUGAAGAAGUAAUAUUUUUAUUCGAGGAAGCUCAAGAUGUUGUAUUCAAAUUAAUGGCUAGUGACUUGGUGCCAAAAUUUCUAAGCAACCCUAAGUACCAGCAGCAAUUGAGAAGCUAUGAUUUUGGCGUAGUUAGAAAGGGUCCCGAACGAGGAUAGAGUUAACUACCUUUGUGUACCUUAUACGCUUAUAAAGAUGAUUCGUUACGAGUCUCCCAG